UUUCGAUUUAGCACGAUACGAUAAAGGCAAUAUUUUCUACCAACAGCUAUUUAAGUUGUUGUCUAUGUAAAUAAAAAAUUAUGGCAGAUUUAGUGCGUGGCGAGGCGUCCGAAUCAGAUGAAGAAGUGGAGAAACAUAAGAUAUACGCAGCGGAAGUUUCUGGCGAAGCAACCGAGGAAGAAGAUGAAGAUAUCUAUGAGCAGUCAAGUACACCUAGUGCAACUGUAUCAAUAUACCGCAAUAAUUUGUUGCAACGUAAAUUAAUUGAGAACAACAUUGAGAUUUGCAAAGCGUUAACUCUGCUAACACGCAACUUUGUUGUGACUGCAUCCAAGCAGCUACUGACUACUGAUCAAAUGCUCAUGAAGUCACAGGUGUCCUUGCAAUCGGCACACACAGCGCUGCAGCAGGCACAACGUAACAGCGCACUGCUCCAGAGUCGAAUUGCAUCGGCGUUAACGAGCAGCUUUUUGCCCGUUAUUCAUCUGAAGGAGAGAAGUAAUUGAG